GACGCUUGAAUUGGCUUGAGGACGAAUUCCCGCAGUACCUUGAGAGUCUCCACAGUGCCUGCAAAUCAAGUGGAAAAAAAUUCCUAAGCCCAGAAACUUACGAGGCACUGCUGCUCACAAGCAAGUCUUCUGUUCUUUGUAUUAAGUACUUGCUGGAGAGUGGGUUCUUUUAUGUCCUCACGAGAAAUCUGUCAAGUGAUCCGGUUGAGGUCCUGUUCAGUGCUUUGCGUCAAAUGGCGGGUUGCAAUGACUGUCUAGACGCUAGAGCUGUCACCUUCGGCCUUGAAAAGUUACUCCGGACUGGCAUCCUGUGUGCAUCGCAGGCAUCAAAGGUUGGAAAUGGUCAGAGUGUUAUGAGCAUGUACAGUGCUUCUACAUCAACCCAAUUGAGCAGAGUUGAUCCAGCUGUGCCGAGCGGGACAUCUUCAGGACUGGACACAUCGAGCAUUCCUCAGAACACCUCGGCUAAAACCAGUAGUGCACUACUCAGCUUGUCUGAACCACCCGAUAUUGCGGAUGAUCAAAGCAGUGUGUCAGCAGCAACUAGCGAUUUCCUACCUAGCAUUUCUGAACCACCGAGUUUCGUGGAUGAUGUCAACAGUUUGCUGGCGCCCUUGAAAGUGAUGCCCUGUAAGUAGGCAGACUUCAUGUAUUGCGCAUGCAGUUAUAAUAGCCUUUCGAGCUUAUUACUUUUUCAAGCCGGGAUUGGAGCUCCAUAUUCCUUAAUUAGUCCUGAUAUAUGAGCACUUUGUUCUUACCUUUUCUUUUUCAGUGCAGCGGCCGCCUUCAACAGUGGAAACCGCUGCAGUAGCAUACGUCGCCGGUUUCGUCGUGAAAGCGAUAGAAGAACAAAGGAUGUGCAGCGCCUGCCCGAGACUGAAUGAUUCGGAACCAUCAAUAUCACCAGUGAUGGGACUUAUUAACCACCGAACUAGAGGGGGUUUGGUGUUCCCAAAGCCCGAGGUUCAAUGUUCUUGUAAAAGUAAAGAAGGCCAUCGACAUCGCAGUGCCACGUAUUGGCACAAACGAUGUGUGCAAGAUCACGGCAAUGAUUUUGCCGCAUCUGGAGAGUUGUCCUCUAUUUUAUAUGCGAGGCAAGAGAAGACCAUAUGCCUCGGUCACAUCGUCAAUAGUGGCAAAGAAAUUCAUAAAGCCCCUCCUAUCAAACAUUGUUGCUCUUGUUACGGACAGAGUGGCCUAUCGCAAAAAAUUAAACACUAAGCCGCUCAGUCGAAAGGUUUUGCGCGUUUAAACAGCUCGAGCGCGCGCGAGAUGACAACUUUUUAUUGUAAAUAAAUUCCUGCAUACACUGACUUUGUUAUGCUGGUAAUUUUUACCACGAAUAUAGUCAUGAUAUUCAAGUAUACAGACUAAUCAGAGCGACAGGACGUUGCCCUCCGCGGCUGUCGACUCAUGGUGAGCAGAUUCUCUCGUACAGGAGGAACAGUGAUGAGCUCGCCUAAGGAAUAUAAAAUUGACAGCUCAGGGUGCA